AUGCAGCAGCCGACACUUGAAGCAGCAGCUGCUCAAUUUCGUUUUGUCUGUUCUACAAUAGAAAAUGCCGUUCAGCAAGCUGUCGCUCAUCGAAGAAAAUUCAAGCUUGCCGUAUCCCAAUUUAGACAAUUUACAGAUCAUUUCAUGACAGUUGCCAACAAAACGAUGAUGACUCGUGAUCAGUAUGAUGCAUAUCGUUUCGUUGUUUCUGACGCUUAUAAAACUUAUAUCGAAUUAUUUAAGCAAAAUACUUUACAGUCAUGGGCGCAAACAGCAUUAGAAAAUCAGUCCUCCAGUGUCCCAUCCGAAUUAUGUACCCUCACAUCAAGUUUAGCAGAAAAAACAGUAGUUCUUGAUCCAGAUGGUUCACAAUUCUUCAAUUCAACGUCAUCUCAAUGGAUUCAACUCCACAUUUUAGAUUUACGUGCCAUAGAAACAUCAUUCCAGCAAUUUUUAAUUACGCCAAAUCAAGAUCCAACAGUUAUCGAAUUCGUAAAUACUCGUCUUCAAUCAAUCAAUGCAUUUCUCAACCAAUACAGCCAAACCGAAGCUGCUACUUCUGGUUUAGCCGUCUUCUCUCCAAUUCCUUUGAAUUAUCAGAACUGGAGAGUUAAACAUUCAGAUCUUUUGUACGAAAAAGAGAUUGGCUCGGGUGUAUCAGCCGUUGUUUACAGCGGAUACUAUACUCCAACGAACGAAUUAGUUGCGAUUAAGAAAUUAAAAUACGAAAAGCUCACAGGACCACAACUACAAGCAUUUCAGCGCGAACUCUCAAUCUUAGCUACAGCUGUCCACCCUACGAUCCUCAAAUUCAUUGGUGCUACAGAUACUCAUCCAUUUUGUGUUGUUACUCAAUUUAUGCCUGGCGGAACUCUCUACUACGAUCUCCAUCAGCGCCAUUCGCUUGACCCAACAGACCUUACAAUAGCCCUUUACGACGUUGCAAGAGGAAUGAAAUUCCUUCAUGCGCAGAAUAUCAUCCACAGAGACCUCAAAACGUUGAACGUCCUUAUUGACGACAAGAAGCGCGCCAAGCUCAGCGAUUUCGGUUUCUCCAAACAGAUGGAUUCCAAUCAACUCAUGACAAUGAACGUCGGUACACCACAUUGGAUGGCUCCAGAACUACUAGCGAACAACGGACCGCAAACUCCCGGUGCCCAAUACGACACAAAAGUUGAUGUUUACGCAUUUGCCAUUGUUAUGUGGGAAGCGUUAGUGAAAGAGAUACCAUAUCAUGGCAUGGAACCGAUGCAGAUUGUCGCGCAAGUCAUGAUGAACGAUCUCAGGCCACAUAUUCCGAAAGAUACUCCACCGGCAUUUGAAGAUUUGAUGAAACAGUGCUGGGCAAGGAAUCCCACAAUGCGUCCAAACUUUGCUGAGAUCGUGAGGAAAUUCCGAAGCGGCAAAAUCUCUCUUCCAGGCUGCAACAUGGAUAUCUUCAUGAAAUACGUCAAAGAACAACAAGUCCAGGAUAACGAGGAAGCUCAGCAACAAGCAACAGAAACACUCCAGUCAUGUAUGUCAUUAAUGUCCGAUGAUCCAAACCGUUUGGAGCACUUUUCCACUUUUGUCGAAACGAUAGAAACCGAUGGAAUUCCACCCGACCAAGUUGAGUCCUGCUGGAUUGUUCUGAACGAGCGCGGUUGCCGUGGCGGUGCUUGGUUCGUCCGCGGACUCUUAACUUUCCUGUUUACAAGUCGAGGUGUCGAUGCGGCCAAAAAAUUGAGAACUUUAGACGAUAUACAACCUGAACAAGUUUCCAAGAUUUUGUCAUUGAUUCCUACAGGUGAUGAAGUUGUCGAUGAAUGUUUGAUUGUUGCUGUUUGCAAGAACGGAGCUGCCCAUCAAGUAUUGGCUCUUCCUAUUGAACAAGACGAACUCAAACUCGCCUUCGAAGUCAUUGGAAGAAAAGGAUGUCCUGCAGAUAAAGUUAAUGCUGUGUUCCAAGUCGCUGUGAAGUGUUUGCAGGGACAAGACAACAUGGUUAUAAUGUCUGCACUCAGAGCAAUCGUAGGAAUGAACAAAGUCCAGGAAAUUCCAAUUGACACAAUCAGAUUUUUGAUUGGUUCCACAGACAAAUCACUGAGAAAUGCUGCGUUUGUUGCUGCGGCUGGAAUGGCAAAGAGCGGUGUAGCACUACCAACAGAUAUAAUCGAUGGCAUAGCCACGAAAUACAUCUGUAACCCAUUCGGUGCAAUUGUGCUCGUAACUGCUUGCAAGAACUUGACUUGCGCGUCCCAUUUGACAGGAAGAUUCUUGCACGGUGGACUUACCUGCCCAAAGGAGGUCUUGUUGAAGAUUAUCGAGGGUGUAUCAGUACAUAAGGAACUGUCUGGACAAAUCGCUUCUUUGAAAGCGCUUGCAGCACCUUAA